AUGGAUAUCAUCGAGAAACGAAAUAUUUUCAAUACUAGAUUAGAAGAAUACAUUAAUAAAUUAGAUAUUAAAAAAAGAGACAAAUACACUAUUAAAAAUAGUACAUAUGAACAAAUUAUCGAUCUACUUAAAGAAAAAAGGACAAAUGUAUCAUCUAAGUUCAAAUUCUGGUCGAAAAACACGUUCUAUCUAGUACAAAUAGGAGCUAAUGAUAUAGUAUAUACAACCAAAAAUAAAUUACCAUUGAUUACACAUGAAAACAUUUUCGAUAAAAUCACUGAAUGUCAUGUUGCCGUUGGACAUUCAGGAAGAGAUAAGACAUGGAGCGAGGUAAAAAACAAAUAUGACGGAAUACCAUUACAGUCAAUAUUAAUAUAUAUCAAUAUGUGCGACGUAUGCCAAAUACGAAGACCUAUUCCUAAACCAAUUACUGGAAAGCCAAUCGUUUCAAUUGGUUUCUUAACUCGAUUGCAAGUCGAUCUCAUUGACAUGCGGAGUGUAGCAUUCAAUGACUUCAACUUCAUCAUGCAUGUGAAAGACCACUUUACCAAAUUCAGUUGGCUUUUCCCUCUACCAUCUAAACAUGCAUCACAAGUUGCAUCAAAUUUAAGAAACAUCUUCUAUACGUUUGGUCCCCCUAAAAUAUUGCAGUCGGAUAACGGCAAAGAAUUUGUUGCCAAAAUAAUAUUGGAUUUAAAAUUAAACUGGCCUGAUUUAGUUAUCAUAAACGGUAGACCUCGCCAUCCCCAAAGUCAAGGCCUCGUUGAAAGAUCCAAUGCAGUCGUUCAAAAAAUGCUUGGAAAAUGGCUCGAAACAAAUAAAACACUUGAUUGGCCGAAUGGUUUAGGUCCUGUAAUGUUGGCGAUGAAUAAUUCCAUCUCACAAAGUACAAAGAAAACGCCGUACGAAAUGGUUUUCGGGCAAUCAAUUCGACAUGACCAUGAGUUUUGGCAUCAACUACAUGCACAGUCUUCAAAUGAGUCUGUCUUGAAUGAAGAGGAUAUACCCGAAGCGUUACUAGAUCAAUUUAACUUAAAUUACGAAAUCGAAUCGACAAAUACUGAUUGUACAUCAAGUAACGAUGGUAAUUCCUCAAACCCGGUGCUAUCAUCAACAACUCAAGUCAAUCAAAGAAUCCUAGAUCCAAGUACAACAUCGCAUAAACGUAUCAGAGAUGAAGCAGAAAAAUGCUACAUUAAUACAGCAGAACGCCAAUUGAACAAAUAUAAUCGUGGAUUGAAGAAACAAAAACUCUACCAAAUUAAUGAUAUAGUUGGACUUAAAAUAGCUGACGUUGAUCGAACGAACACAUCCGCAUCUACACUGCCUUGUAAAAUAAUUCAAAUUAUUGAAAAAGACGAUUCCUCGACCAUGUUCUAUCAAGUCGCAACGUUGGAUGGAAUCAUAAAAGAACUAUUCUUGUCAAUCGCUUUCGUUGACUUAUCUCAAACAGUAGCAGCUGAUUUGCGACAACUUAUAACUACCAAUUUACCAACUAUCACAUUUAUACAGGCUUGUCAACUUUUUACAAAUUACAAACAUCUCAACACAUGUAAGUGUUCUGGCUCCUGUGACACCAAUCGGUGUCCAUGUAAAAAAAAUGGAUCAAAGUGCUGUACAAAAUGUCAUCGUGGUAAAGUUACUUUAUGUAAAAAUAAAUGA